AAUUAUUUAUUAAUUAUUAUUUUAUAUUAGUUAAGACAUUUAUCUGUUUUUAUAUAUAAUUGCUUUGCCCAAUUGUAAUCAGCCGCUGAUGUAGAAGUCCGGAAUAUAAUUUGCGAUUACCAUAAUAUGCAACCAGAAUGUGUAUUUACGAAUGUUUUAAUAUUUGUGGAUUCAAGUGAUAUACUUCCUCGUCUACUUUGCGGUUGUGUCAUAAGAGUUUUUUAGUUUUGUAAAUCUAAACGCUUCAGUAGUUUCUGCAGGAAAUAAUUUUAUAAUUCGAUUUCUAUAUAAACUUAUUUUGAGCAAGUUUUUGACAGUUAACAUUCAGAGACGUGUCAAGAAGCAACCAUGACUCUCGUAAUGAACAGAAAUAAUGUUGGCUUAAUUUCUCGUAGUUUCUGGAUUUGGAAUGUUUUUGCAUUUUUCCUAACAUUUUGUAAUGCAAGUGAAGCAAUAAAUAUUCCAACUAUCAGUAGUUGGCAGUCUGCUACUCCAGGCAAACUACUGUAUGCAUUGGACGCGAUUACCAAUAAUGUACGAGGCGCACCUGUUGAUCUAUCUAAUCGGCUAUCCAAAAUAGUGAAAAGAAAUACAGACGGGUCAAGUGAACAGGAGUCAUCCUCAUCAGCUGAGCAACCAUACAAUUAUGAACAAGCAUAUGAAGACUUUGUGCGUGAAUACUUUAGUAAACUAUUCGAUUCCGGAGAAAACAGUAAAAGCGAAAGUGUUGAACAAGAACGAGCGGAGGCACAAGUUUACAAUACAAAACCAUUGAAGAGUUCACAGAAGUCAAACAAUCAUUCGAAAAAAGACAGCAAUUGCAAAACUAUAAUGAAGAAUCGGGAAGAAUGCGUAAUUUGUGCGAAUCCAAAGAGUGGUGAGAAAUCGGAAACUUGUUCAUUUAGUACAGAAAGCGAACCAGUCAAUUAUGCCUUCAGACAUGAAAAUAACUACAAAAUGGAACGACAUAAAUCUGAACCUUCAAAUGAGAAUUCCAGCGAUGAAAUUCAGGAACCUAAAACCGUUAGCAAAAGAAGCAGAAGGCCGCGCAGAAAAAGUGAACAGAAAAACAGUAGCUGUACUAAGAAAAUUGAGGGCGUGAAAGUCUGUUACUACUGCAAAAAUGGCGAUACCGGCACUAAAAUCAAAUGUUUCAAGCGUUUGCCACACAAUCAGCCACAAAAGGCGAAACAAGAUCAAGUCCAGAAAAUCAAAGAGAAGCAACAACGAAUCUAUAAGCGGACGGCCUCAUACGUAAUCGAAAAAAAUUUUUCAAAUGUAGAUGAUGAUAAGUAAUCUUAUAUAGAAAAUUAUUAAAUUUAUUCCGAAUUGAUUAAGCAUAUCAUUUUCCAAAUAAUAUUUUUUGAAUGA